AUGAUUUCUCAUCGGAGGAAUUUCGUCUUAAAAUUUCUAGCAAUAUUCCAUCUUCUUCAAAUUGUUUAUGCGACUGGCGAAAUAGCCUGUGGAAAAUGUAAAGAAUAUUCGAAAUAUGUCUAUGUUAAUGAAGCUAGUCCUAUCAUGUCUGCUUCAUCAUCACAAUACAAUUUGGUAUCGAAAUGCGGAAUUGUUGAAACUCCACUUAUCGUCGGUGGACAACGAGUCAAUGAAAUUGAAUUUCCUCAUAUGGCAGCAAUCGGCUAUAAAUCAAAUGUGAAAAGGGAACAGUAUGCAUUCAAGUGUGGAGGGUCGAUUAUAUCAGAACAGUACAUUCUCACAGCUGCACAUUGUGAAACAGACCGUGUAAAUGGACCACCCGUAGUUGUUAAGCUGGGAGUAAUUUAUAUUCAUGAUACUGAAUUGAAUGCACAACUUAUCGUUAUUGAUUCCUUCAUAUCUCAUCCAAACUAUAAAAGUAGUGAGAAAUAUUUCGACAUUGCUUUAAUCAAAUUGAAGUCAUUCAUUAGAUUUGAUGAGUAUGUUCGACCAGCAUGCGUUUGUUUACCAAGUGGAUUGGAAAAUCCAUGGAGAAAGGCGAUUGCUAUAGGUUUUGGGAAGACUAGCUAUGGUUUGUAUAUCACAUCUAUUUUGUUUCUAGACGAUAUGGUAUAA